AUGAACUGGGUCGGAAUACUAAAGAAGAUAUUCAAGAUAUGCGUGAAGGAGAUAGAGAAGCAUCAGGAGCAGCAGAGUGAGCCAACUCCAGCACCCUCGCAGAAACCAACGGGAGAAUACAUACCGCCCAAGGAAUCGCUCGGAGAGAAGCGGAUUAACGGUCAAGCAGCAGAGCAGUACUGGAUGUCUCAGCCCGAGUACACGGAACUCCGCGACCGCGCCAACGCAGAAGGCGACAAGAUGGGCAGGUGUUUCGACGCAGCCAGCAGUGCAUACACCAGUGGUGACGGCGGUAGAGCUAAAGAGCUUAGCAACGAGGGCAAGGAGCAUAAGAAGGAGCGCAGUCGCAUUAACAAACAAGCCGCAGAUUGGAUCUUCGAGAAAAACAACCUCGAUAACCGCCGCGAUGAGGUCGAUCUGCAUGGCUUGUAUGUUAAAGAGGCCAUGGGGAAGGUGGAGGAAGCCAUCGCCAAUGCUCGCGUUUCUAAUAUCAACCCGCUCAAAGUCGUCGUCGGGCGCGGCACCCACUCUAAAAAUCAUGUCUCAAAGAUGAAGCCGGCGAUUGAAGGUAUGAUGCGCAAAGAGAAUCUGAGAUGCAGAGUAGAUCCAACCAACGCUGGCCAGCUGCUCGUAUAUCUCGAUGGUCAGGGUGAUGGAACGGAUAAUGCUGAGGACGUUGCCAAGGACACGGAGGAUGCUUGUGUUAUUAUGUGA